AUGGCGGAGCCGGGAGGCGCCGCCGCUGCCUCCCCGCCCCCCCGUGAAGGUCCGUUCGCCCCCUCUUCCUCCUCCUCCUCCUCCUCCUCCUCCUCCUCGCCGCCCAUGGACGCCGACCCCCCCCCGCCCCCCCCGGCCUCGGGGGUCACCCCCCAAACCGGGGGGGCCCCCCUCAACCUGCCCUUGAUCCUGGAGGAGCUGCGGGUCCUGCAGCAGCGCCAGCUCCACCAGAUGCAGAACGAAGAGAUUUGCCGCCAGGUCCUACUUUUGGGCACCUUGGACCCCCCCAAACCCGGAACCCGCCGGCGGGGCUACCUUUUUCGGGCCGGCGGCGGCGGUUCUCCUUCGUCGUCCUCCCCGCCGGCCCUUUUGCGGCCGAAAAAUUUCGGGGGGGGGGAUACGGGGGCGACCCCCCCUCCUCCCCCCCACCCCCGGCACGAAUGCGGGUUUUGCGGCAAAGGGUUCGGCAGCGAGAGCGCCCGGCAGAUCCACCUGCGCUCCCACACCGGGGAGAGGCCCUACAAGUGCAACGUGUGCGGCAACCGAUUCACCACCCGGGGCAACCUGAAAGUUCAUUUCCAUCGGCACCGGGAAAAAUACCCCCACGUCCAGAUGAACCCCCACCCCGUCCCCCAGCACCUGAUUAUCUCUGCCGGCGGCCACCCAGCAGCUCAGCGUGGCCGGCCAACGUCUUGCCGGGGCUACCCAACUCCAGGCGGCUACUCAAAACCCCGCCGGGGCCACCCAAAACCUCGCCGCGACCGCCCAAAACGUCGCCGGGGCCAACCAACAUCUGGGCGCCGGCGACCAAGUCAAGGGGGCCGGCCAAGCGGUCAACGCGGCCACCCAGCAGCUCGGCGGGGCCACCCAACCGGUCAACGCGGCCACCCAACUCAACACAACCACCCAGCCGGUCAACGCGGCCACUCAACAGGUCAAUGCGGCCACUCAACUCAAUGCGGCCACCCAACCGGUCAAUGUGGCCACCCAACCGGUCAAUGCGGCCACCCAACUCAAUGCCACCACCCAACCAGUCAACGCGGCCACCCAACCAGUCAACAUGGCCACCCAACAGCUCAACGCGGCCACCCAACCUGUCAAUGUGACCACCCAACUCAACGCGGCCACCCAACCGGUCAACGCGGCCACCCAACCACUCAACGCGGCCACCCAACAACUCAAUGCGACCACCCAACUCAACGCGGCCACCCAAACCGGUCAACGCGGCCACCCAACUCAACGCGACCACCCAACAACUCACACCUCAAUGUGACCACCCAACCGGUCAACGCGGCCACCCAACAACUCAACGCGACCACCCAACUCAACGCGGCCACCCACCACCACCACCACCACCACCACCAGCUGGCGCUGGCCGCCCAACCCCUGGCGGUGGCCACCCCCGCCGCCCCGCCCUUCCCCAAGCUCCUCCUCCUGAAGGCCGCCGAAGGCAGGUCCAAAGCCGGGGGGGACGAAAACACCCCCCCCGGGCAAAACCCAAACCUGGGCUUUUUUCGCCGGCCGCUGGAAGGGUUCCCCCGUUUUUUUCCAACCCCCCCCCGGGCCCCCCUCCCCCCGCCGCCUCCCCCCCUCCCCCCGCCCUCGGAAACUUCCAAACUUCAACAACUGGUGGAAAAAAUUGACCCCCCCCCCGCCGCCGCCGGCGUCGUCGGCGUCAUCGUCAUCAUCGGCGGUGACCCCCCCCCCGGCACCUGCCCCGUUUGCCGCCGGGUUUUGAGUUGCCCCCGGGCUUUGAGGUUCCAUUUUGGCCAACACGGGGGGGGGAGACCCUUCCGGUGUAAAAUUUGCGGCCGGUGUUUCUCCAGCCGGGGCAACCUGCGGGCCCACCUGGCCGGGGGGGGCGCCCCCCCAAAUUCUUGCCCCCUCUGCCCCCAAAAAUUGGCCGACGGCCUGCGCCUGCGGCGCCACGUCCGCCUCCACCUGGCGGGGGGGGCGCCCCGCGGCCUCCCCCCGCCGCCCCCCCCGCCGGGGGGCGCCCCCCGAAUCGAGGAGGAGGAGGAGGAGGAGGAAGAAGAGGAAGAAGGAGAAGAAGACGACGAGGAGGAGGAAGAGGAGGAGGAAGAGGAAGGCGGCAGCGAGGAGGAAGAAGCCGGGGGGGGGGACGACGACGACUGCGACGACGGACGGCCCCGAACGGGCCCCCCCCGGCCCCGAGGAGGAAAAAGGGGGGGGCGACGAACCCCCCGCCGCGGGGGGGGGACCCCGAAAAGGAGGAAGGAGGAGGAGGAGGAGGAGGAGGAGGAGGGGAGGAAGCAGGUCCCCCCAGAUUGGACCCGGAGCCCCCCCGCCGGAGCCGGGGAGACGAAGAAGUAGUUUAAUUAGUGGGGGGGGGGGGGGGAAGGGGGAAAUGGGGGGGGGGGGCACCCAAAAUC